AUGAGGUACGUACAAUUCUGCAAAAAAGCGGGGCACCCACCUUUCCCGUUGCAAGAGGAUUUCCUACACCGCUUUGUGAAAGAUUAUUGCGCAAAGCAGGCGCCCACGUUUGCUCGCAGCUUCCUCAGCUCCGUUGCCUUUUGCCGACAUGUCCUUAAGUGCAAGUUCGAGGAUGUCUUUUCGACUCGAUUGACGGGAGCAUGCAAUAGUUUGUAUUUGAAAAAGCGCAAGCAAGUCCAGAAGCCGCCAUUGAAGGUCUCCCAUGUCAAGGCAUUGGAGCGCAUAGUCCUGGGUCAAGGGGACUUCGGUGGCGCUGACAGGUAUGCUGCUGGGUGUUUCGUUUACGCAAUCUACGCCCGAGCACGCUUCUCCGAUAUGCAGAACAGCGGUCUCCUCACCAAAGACGUUGUUGAACUUCCGGACGGGGGCUAUAAAGGUUUUCUGGAGGCUUCGGUUAGUCGCACCAAGACGGCAUAUACAUUGGAAAGAAAGACCCGUUACCUUGCGAUGUGCGCAACCAUACAGGGUCUCCUCGACGAUUCAUGGGGCCUGGCGUGGAUGGCUACGGGCCUCAGCUGGGCUGCGAAGUGGGGCACCAGUAAGGAGCUCCGCGUGAUCCUGGGAUAUCACUCUUCUGCAAGAUCAAAUUGCGAUGUGGUGUACGGUAGAGACAACGUGGUCUGGAAUGUUCAUGGCGACCCCCCACUUGUCGGGGAUGAUGAUGAAAUUUCUGCGUCUUCCGAGGGCAGCGAGGACGAGGAGCACCCAGAUGUGGAGGAGGAAGAACAUGCAGCUGAUGAAAUUGUUGGGCCGUGGCAGCCCGCAGCAGGCUUGCGUGAGGCGAUGGCCGAUGCCGAAGUCUUUCGACGCAACACCAGCCGCUACAUCCACGUGGUUUCCUCGGAGAAGGGUUCGCAAUUCCGAUGCGGUCGAGCAAUCACAAAGUCUUACGUCAGGAUGGCGACUUCGUACUCCGACAGCCAGAGCGUUUUCAACGCUAGGGUGGAUGCGAGUGGGAUCCCGACAGCUGAUGCCGACAAAAUCAAGGCAUCCGUGAGUUCGCUUAGGCAGCUGGCCUUCAUUUCGAGCUUUACACCAGGGCAGGCUGAUGAGACGCCGCUGAUGGCCGCACUUAAGACUAUGCUUGGAAGAGAUGCGGAGUUGGGUGUCCAGGCCAGUUUCCGAGCCCUUUACCAUGAGUCCUAUGCAGUUGUCACGUCGGAACUCCGUCAGAAGAUUGAAAAGUCGGACGAACCGACGAGCCGACGACUGACUCAGCCCGAGCGGGCUGAGCGGUUCGAAAAGCAGAAAAAGAAGCUUGUUGGAGUUUCGAUCAAAAACGAGACCGAGCCCAGCGAAGCGCUGGUGGACAAGGCUGUGGCGUGCUACGAAAGCAAUGAGCUGAGGUAUCUGCCCUGGGAAGCAUGCACUUCGCGGGAACAGGAAGUAGGCUCCGACAGGCGUAAAGACACCCGCUUCACUGUAGACGAGCAUUCCGGGCGGUUGAAGGUGGAGAACAAGGAUGCAGAGCAAAAGGCUGUCACUACUUCGGAAGUUCACAUCACGCAGGCUUUGCAGCGUCGAUCUCUUGCCAUGGACCAAGCCAAUCUGGUGGAGUAUUCCGUGAUGCAGCAGUGGAGCGACAGGCUCAUCAGAGCCCGCAUGCAGGAUGCCCCCGCGGGCUACGCCAAGCCGACCUGGGCCCAGCUUGUCGCUGCUGACAAAAAGCUUUUCAGCGAGCUCAGGGACCUGACCCGUGAUGGGGUUCAGGCAAAUGCUGGUGCCCGGCCCUUAGACACUCAUGUUCCCAGUGUCAUGACGAGCUUCGACGUUGUGUGCUUGAUGCAGCCCCUACCGUCGGGGUCUUCACGGGCGUCUGAUGAGGGCAAGGAUGCAGAGAAGCCAGAAGGCCGGGCCCGCGCGGGCCUCGACAACCCAAAGGCGCCGGAAAAGGUAAGGGCAAUACGCCAGUCCUUCUAUUCAGGCAUGUGCUGGCAUGGUGGUUUGACGGGGCUGUACCCUUCCGUGGCGCAGUACCCUAAUGCCGUCAGAGCUUUCACGAGGUUGGUGCGCGCUGUAUCACCACGGCACGUAUUCAGCAGCAUCGUUGUGUUGGAUGGCUCUGAGAUGGGCAUUCGUGACGAUGCCCAAAACGCAUGCCUGCCCGCACUCGUCAUACCCAUGACUCGGUUUUCAGGGGGCCAGUUGGCUAUCGCAAGCCCGCAUGGACAGGUCAUCACUCACAGCGAUCAAUCUUUCCGUGCUCGCUUAUGUAGCCUCGAGCAAGGCCCCAUUGCCAUCGAUGCCCCAGGUUUGAAGCAUGCGGUCAUGCCUUCACAGGGUCGCAGGUUGGUGCUGAUUGCUUUCUGCCUUCAAAAUGUGACGCACCUUGAUAAGCAGUCUGCGAGGACUUUGCGUGAGCUUGGCUUCAACCUCCCAGAUGCUGAGCCGCCCAUUCGCGCUGUGCCAGCCUUCGCCAAGGGUUUCCCCGACCUUGGGCCCCUUGGGUUUAGUUCCUCUAGGUCCCGGGGUGAGCCCGCUGUGCCUUCAUUUCCUUCAUGUCCUGAGGCCUUGCCUGCCGUGCGGCCGCAAAGGUUGAUGUUCGUUGAGUUGUGUUGUGGAUCGGCGGGGCUGUCUUUCGCUUUCCGAUCACUAGGAUUCCAGGUGCUAGCCAUCGAUCGUGCCAGCAAUCGCCAUCGGCCUUUGGUUCAUUGUGUGCAUCUAGAUCUGCGGCUGGACUCUUCCUGGACGUACCUGACGCGGCUCGUCCAGGCCAGGCAGGUCCUUCUUGUGCACGUUGCUCCGCGUGAGGUUCCGUGGCAGGGCCGCCACGCAUCCCAGUGCUUGCGAAGCGAAGCUUCUCCCGACGGGCUUCCCGGGUUACCUCCUGCUUGGCAGUCCAAAGUCGAUUCGGCCAACGCCGUCUACAGACGCACGUCUGCUUUUUGCAUGUGGCUUUGCGAGCAGCGCUCCCAGAAUCCUGAGUUCAUGACGCAUUUUUGUGUUGAGAAUCCCGCCAGCUCCUACAUGUGGUUGCUGCCCGAUUUCGUCGCCUUGCGCUCGAAGUGUUUCGAGGUUUCUUAUGACUCUUGCAUGCAUGGUGGUGACCAGGCCAAACGCCAGGUAUUGUGGACUUCAAUGCGGGAGCUAGGCACCUUGGCCCGCCAGUGCGACAACAGCCAUACCCACCGGCAAUCCCCCACGGCAGAGGCCGAGUACCCUGAAGCCUGUUGUUCCAGGUAUGCUGCUGCUGCAGCUCUGGCGUUGGGCGCCUCGCACACCAUGCCGGCCAGCCCAUGCAUCUCCAACGAGUCCGCCCGCGCCGCUGCCCAUCGGCAACCGCGCACUUCCAGGGCCAUCGUUCUUGUGGAUGAGUACCAGUACCAGGUUACGGUGCCUCUGCCGUCUGGCCAGGUCCCAUCUCUUGAUGAUAAGAAUUGCCUUUGUUGUGGUUUAGGCCCGGUCCCCGCCGGUUCCAAGGUGCUUGGGAUUAACUUUGAGGGGGGGGUAGUUUUCCCGAAGCGCCCUAGGCCCGACAGGAACGUCACUGACCAGCUUACAGAUUUCGGUGAGGGAAGAGCAGCCUCGGUCACUUGCGGUGUGUGUCGCAACCCAUGGCAGUUUGCUACUCUCUCUUUGUCUCUGAUGCAUCCUUUUGACAUGUUUUCUGCAUUGCCAGACCAGGCCCUGACUGUCAUUGCACGGGUUUUGAUUGACGGCCCCUUGGUCGUAGUUCGGCAUAGGCUUAAUAUGUUUGUCAAAUGGAAGCGUUGGGGCAAGGAGCUGGUCGAACAGGAAGAGAAGUCGCAUACUUUGUCCGAUAAAUGUCCGCAAGGAACUACCGCAGCCGAGAUCAGCCAACGCAAACACAAAACAGCCUGA